CAUGAUUUAUUUGAUCACGACACGACGCCACCGUCAACGAAGAAGCCAUCAUCAAGUUCGGAAACCACAGCGGAUAUGACUCGGGGUCCAUGUGACCCUUCGAGAGCCACUAAGGCGGUGGAUGGAGUGACAAGUUCUGUCAAUGACUCAGCUUUGAAUGUGGCAAGUGAUACAACAGCGAACCUUACCCCUGAAGAGUGUCUGUACACCUCGGCAGAAACUAGUACGCUCACAGAGACAACAAAGUCCUCAGACGACAAGCCUCCAGACGACUUCAAAGCACCAGGAGGCCAGUUAGCAGCGGAAAGUGCCACAGAAAAGCAGACAGGUAGCUCUAAGGCUACUGAAAACCUGGGAGUUCUUCUGAAAGCUCCAAGCAGUCUACCGGAAGAGGAGGUGCUUGCGAAUGGUUCAAAGACGCCUACCGACGAGGACAACCCAACAAGCACCGAGGCCAAGAAGGACAACACUUAUGCAACUGAGCAGGGUCUCUCCGGUGCCACUACGCCAGCGCCAAUCGCACCUGGGACGACUAUGAAGGGAACGUCUCCCUUGAAGGAUCUUUUGACAAGCUUGGCAACAUCCGGUUCUGGUGCGCGGACCUCGCUUCUAACGGCUUCACUUGCUACCACUCCGUCUUCGAGUUUGAAAGGUUCUGGAACAUCAGCAGGGGAUUUUCGUUCAACUGCGAGAAUUACAACGAAAGGGACUCAGAAUACAAGUGGCUCCAAAAAGCAAAGCGACCCUUCGGGAACUACUGGGGCGGCUGGACUCACGGGUGGCUCCGCAAAACCCUCUCAAACCGUCAGUUCAGCAAAAAAUUCUGCCACCGGCUCAACUGUGAAAGUGAAUCCCGCUGGGAAUCUCACAAGUCAGGAUCAUUCGGCAACGAAUCCAGUCGCUCAGGCAUCUCUGCACACAGUCAGCUCGACGGAACCUAGCAGCGGCUUGGGGGCCACCACAGAGGCAGCAAGGGCCUCAGACGGCUCUGAGGCACCAGGAGUCCAGUCAGCAGCGGGAAGUACCACAGAAAAGCACACAAGUGGCUCAAACGCUCCUAAUAGU